AAUACCAUGUGUACUUGGACGGAACCUUCCGCAUAAGAUGAAGAGAAGUAAAGAAUUGAUAACUAAAAACCAUAAUCAAGAAGACAUAAGUAUUCUUCGUUGUUGGAAAUGUAGAAAAUGUAUAGCAAGUUCUGGUUGUUUCGUGGAAUAUCUUGAGAACCAAGUGACUAAGAAUACAAAUGAUUCAGCUGAUGAUGAAAAUAUUUGUCAUGUGUGGCACAUGAAUAUAGAAGCUCUUCCAGAAUGGAUACACUGCCUGAUACAAAAAGCCCAGUGGACAGUUGGAAAACUGAAUUGCCCUUUCUGUGGGGCCCGUUUAGGGGGCUUUAAUUUUGUCAGCACUCCAAAAUGUUCCUGUGGCCAGCUUGCAGCUGUACAUCUCUCCAAGAGCCGUACCGAUUAUCAGCCAACACGGUCAGGCCGACUAAUGAGACCAUCGCUGAAAUACUUGUCACAUCCUAGAGUUCAGUCAGGUGGUGACAAGGAAACUCUGCUGACAGGUGGCGCCUGCAGAAACAGAAAUCACAGGUUUUUAAACAUGGGCCCAAAUAAUAGUGGUCCUGGAAGAUUAACUGAAGCACUCUGCCUGGAGGUACGGUCAACAUAUUUCAAAAUGAAGAACGAAAAACUGCUCUUCAAAGCGUCAGAUCCAAAAUAUCAGCUUUUUGUUCCACAGCUUGUGACCACCAGAUGCGCUCCGAGAGCUUUUCAUAGAAAAUCACAUAGUUUGGAUCUGAGCAUCAGUGAGAAACUGACUUUAUUACCCACUUUAUAUGAAAUCCAUAGUAAGACUACUGUGUAUCCUGGGCUCAAUGAGACACAGCCUAUUGACCUUCCGAGCUUGCCUUUAGAAUCGAAUAAAAAUAACUGUUCCUUUCAGAUUUCAUCCAGUUUUGAUCCUAAUAUGCUGCUGCAAAGAUAUUCAGUGGCUCCCCGUGAGACCCAGACACAAAGAGGAGGAGAAUUUCAGCAUGGUCUAGAAGCUUCUGCUGUGUAUUCUGGCCAUGCUAGUCCUAACAGCCUGACUUUCCUGAUGGACCUGCCUGCAGCUGGCAGGAGCACGCUGGAGGCCGCAGACCAGGACGAGCACCUCUCUCCUCUGAACUUCCUGCACUCGGGCAGUUUUUCACUGGGUGCCAUUAAUCAGAGGCUCAGUAAGAGAGAGAAGAGCAAGCUGAAGAAUCUGAGACGGAAACAACGAAGGCAUGAGAGGUGGCUGCAGAAGCAGGGUAAAUGUCCAGGAGUGAGAUUGCUGGAUUGUAUGACUUUGGAUAAUGAGAUGAGUACAGAUGAUGACAAUGAAUAUGCAGAAGAAAAGGAGAGCUACAUCUGUGCAGUGUGUCUGGAUGUUUACUUCAACCCCUACAUGUGUUACCCUUGCCACCACAUCUUCUGUGAGCCCUGCUUGCGGACCCUUGCCAAAGACAACCCUGCAAGUACUCCCUGCCCGUUGUGUCGGACAGUUAUUUCCAGAGUCUUUUUUCAGACAGAACUGAACAAUGCCACAAAAACAUUCUUUACUAAAGAAUAUUUGAAAAGAAAACAAAGCUUUCAGAAAUCCAGCUCUGCAAAGUGGCCCCUACCAAACUGCAGAAAAGCAUUCCACCUUUUUGGAGCACUAGACUUUUAGAUGAAUCUUGGUGCCUAUGUGUACUUCCAAAUCCUGUUCUCUGAAGGUCUGCAUUUACCACACUUUAUCUGGCUGUUCACUGACUGGAGCACAGAAUACCACCAGCCCCUGCCACUACAUGUAACACUAAUGACUAUCCUAACGUGGGCCUUGUGAAGGUUUAUUUGCCAUACAGACUCAGGAGCAGAAUGUCUCGGUCAUAUAUUUGACGAAAUAAUGCCAACAGUUUCCCCAUAUGCCAGUGUAGAUACCUAUAAUAGUGCAUGAGGCUUGGGGAAAAUUGGAACUAUGGAAAAUGGCAAAGAAUGGAAGUUAGGAACUCUUGUUUAUUAAUUUAAUUUGCUUUUAAUUUGAUCUCUAGUAGUUUCAGAUCCUUCAAAUACUCAUCAGUCUUUCAGAUUACUUUUCUGUAACCUCUCUCCUCAUUUUCCUAAGGAGGUUUCUGCCUUUUAUCAGUUUUGCAAAUUUCUUGUGUAUUCAGGAUACUAAUCCUCUGUCUGCUUUAGACAUUAUAAAUGUUUUAUCCCAUUUUAUAAUCUGUAUAUUAAGUUUAUCCAUGAUGACCUUCACUGACAGAAAUUCAACUUUGGCAUAAUUAAAUCCACCUUAAUUUUGUGUUGUCAGUGUAUUUUAAAGUUUUAUUUAAGAAGUUCUUCCCCAUUCCCAGGUUACAAAGGUUUUUGCUUAGGUAAAACUAUAAAGUUAAUAUUAAAAAAUAUUUCUCACUUAGGUCUUUAUCUAGAAUCUACCUCUUAUCAUGUGUUACAGAGGAUUCAUGUCUCCCUUCAGAUAAAAUAGCCCACUUUUCUGAAUAUUAAAUAAUGAUUCUGGGUUUUUUAAAUUAUUCCUUAACUGCAGUUGUAUAGAAAUGUCCUUGUGGGAUUUUAAUCCCAUAUUUAGCAGCCUUACUAAAUUACCUUCAGUUUCAUUAUUUAUAGGGUUUGAGGGGCUCUGAAUGAAGAUAAUCAUAUCUGCCUUACCUGUAAAUAAAGACCGUUUUAUAUGUUUCAAACUAAUAUGUAUGCUUUUUCCUUUUCUUUUUUCUCUUGCCAUACUUUCUGAACAAGGACUUCUGUUUGAUUUCGAAUGGAAAAGUGAUAGCAGCAUCUCUGAUAUUAAAAGAAAUAUUUUAAUAUUCCUGAUACUGAGAUCCACAUUAUAUCAUAGUAGUCAACAUACCAUGCUAUUUGUGCCAUGUUAAUUGUUUUCUCCAAACAGUUUCUUUUCAGCUAAAUGUUCAGAGAUUGGUAGAAGGAAGUAAGGUGGGAAAAGAAGAUAUUAUGGAAAAGAAUAGACAUUCAUGUAGAGUCCUUUGGCUCCAUACAAUUAGUAUUCUCUCCACAAAACCAGAGCAAAAACAUUUUAACAUAGUUUUAGAUUUCCUAAUCAAUGAAGUUCAUAUAAACUUUUUUCAAUUCAUUCAUCCAUAAAGCUCACUUACACUUACUUAUCCCUUUCA